UUCAAACAACACACGUAAAUAUGAUGAAUCAGUCGAAGCUAUCUCCUCGUGUGCAAAACGAAGGGGCCAGAAUCGCGGGAGUGAAGGAAAUUGAUUGUACGAGAUAUCGCGACAAUUCCCCGCGCACAAGCCCCGAGCUAGAGCUCCGCGCCAAUCCCAUCCGCGAAAAAAUCGGCGACGAUUCACGCGCACGGACCGCCGGACCGUCCCCGGAGGCCGCGCUAUAUUUUCCCGCGCGGUAAUUAGUCGCGUUCGCGCGACUUCCGGCGCCAGCGACGGCGAAUUCGCGGAACCGCCGUGACGCACGGUAAUAAGAGAACGAUAAGAGAAUCGCGGCGUUCGCCCGAUUGAGAUAAGCCGCGAUCAUGCGCAAGAGAGGAAAGCAGGAGGACGGCCCACGAGAAGGUACGACGCGGUCCUAUUACCUACUUCUCGAGCCUGUGCAUGUGGUGGAAAUAGUGGCAACCGGUGGCUAUGGGAUAGUUUAGCCACUGACUCCGAUAGCGCCGGUUCGCGACACAGCAGCCGUGCUCGGCGACGGGGAGUUUCCGUCUCGCGCGCGCGCGCGCGAACGCCCGCGAGCCCGCGUCCUCUCCGCGCACAGUGCUUCGCGAAAAUCGUUCUCGAUGAGGCUCCGAUUGUGAUCGCGCGCGGGCGCGCGCGACAUUGCAGUCCCACGCAGCUGUCAAGCGCGAUUUGGGCGGCACUGCCGAGCGAUAAACAAAAGUAUUGCCUCGCCUCUUCGUCCGAUCGCUCACGCACGCUCAGGCACACGCGAGCGGGGGAUACUCCGCACGAGCCGUCGCGCGGACUUGCGAAGCAUCGGCCACGUAACAUUGCAUCGACUCGAGAAAUGAAUGGCCGAGGAAUGCUGCUCCUGUACGUCACUGUUGCAUUUAUGCCCAACAUUCUGGGCUUUCCCAGAAGAAUCCCGAUCGGGGGAUUGUUCGACGGCGACGAGAUGAUUCAAAAAGCGUUCGAGCUGUCGGUCAAGGCGGUGAACAAAAACAUCACUGCCUCCGAGCACGCAAUGGGCGUGCUGUUGACAGCAAAGACCGAGAAAGUCAACGAGAACGCAUUUCAAGUGGGCGAUAUAGCGUGCGAGUUGUUAGGCAGCGGAGUGGCCGGGAUGUUCGGUCCUCAGGGCAAAUCGACGGUGGACCAUGUUCAGAGUAUGUGCGAUACCCUGGAUAUACCUCACAUCGCCGCCAGAUGGGAUCCCGAGCCGAAACGCGGAAACAUGGUGAAUCUAUAUCCGCACGCCAACACGCUCUCCACGGUUUUCCGGGACAUCAUCGCGGAGUACCAAUGGAAGGAAUAUGCGAUACUUUACGACAACACCGACAGCCUGAUUCGCAUGAAUCGUCUCCUCCAAUUGCCGAACAUGAGCACCAUCUCGGCGAUGGUGUUUCACUUGGGCGGUGGACCGAAUUUUAGGAGGACUAUGCGAGAGGUCAAAAUAUCCGGUUGCAAAAACCUCAUAAUUGACUGCUCGUACGACAUCCUGUCCUCCGUUCUCGAGCAGGCGCAACAGGUCGGGAUAAUGUCGGACCGAUACAACGUGAUCGUUGCCUCAUUGGAUCUGCAGACCUUGGAUUUAGAAUCGCACCAAUAUUCCGGAGUGAAUUUAACGGGUGUGCGUCUGAUCGAUCCGGACAGCCCGACUGUCCGGCGAGUUCUACGAUCUCGGUCUCUUAAUUGGGGCUUGACAGAUGGCUCCCACUUGAGGGUGGAAUCGGCUCUCGCUUAUGACGCCGUGCAACUUUUCGCGAGCGGCUACGCGCGACUGCGCGACAGCGUCAAGGGGAAUCUCAAGAAGCUGUUUUGCAACCGCACGGAAACUUGGGGCCACGGCUUCAGUCUGAGUAAUUAUAUGCGAAACGAGCGCAUACGCGGGCUGAGCGGGGCUAUAAGAUUCGACACGAACGGAUUUCGCAGCGAGUUCCAGCUGGACAUCGUAAAUCUAGAGAAGCAAGGACUGCGCAAAGUCGGCGAGUGGAGGACGAGCGGCGGUAUACACUGGAAGCCGGGAUACAACAUCCCCGGUGUGGACGAGGAAAAGAGCUUGCGCGACAAACACUUCAUCGUCCUGAUAUCGUUGACGGAUCCGUACGGGAUGCUCAAGCAAUCGGCCGCCAUAAGGACUGGAAACGAUCGGUACGAGGGCUUCGCGAUCGACAUUAUUCACGAGAUGAGCAAGAUACUGGGCUUUAAUUACACGUUUCACGUGCAGAGCGACAACAUCUACGGGUCGCUUAAUAAGAAGAGCGGCAGCUGGAACGGCAUGCUGGGCAAAAUAAUCGCCGGCGAAGCGGAUCUAGCGAUCACGGAUCUGACCAUCACGGCGGAAAGGGAGAGCGCCGUCGACUUUACGACCCCGUUCAUGAAUCUAGGUAUAAGCGUUCUCUACAGACAGCCAACGACCGCUCCGCCGGGCUUGCUGUCUUUCUUAUUGCCGUACUCGGAGGAGGUUUGGAUGCAUCUGAUCGGAGCGUAUAUGAUUGUGACGUCGCUGUUAUUCUUCAUCGGGAAACUCUGCCCGGUCGAAUGGACAAAUCCGUAUCCCUGUAUCAAGGAACCCGAAGUAUUGGAGACACCCUUCACUCUCGCCAACACUCCGUUCCUCGUGAUCGGUGCUUUACUGAAGGCUCCUACCGGAUUUGCGCCCGCAGGGAUCUCAACGAGAGCCUUGGCCACAGCAUGGUGGUUCUUCACCCUGAUCAUCGGCUCCACCUACAUCGCCAAUUUGGCCGCGGCAUUAUCCACGAAAUCCACCGUGUGGCCCUUCAAGGUGGCGGAGGAGCUCGCUUACCAGCAGAAAAUUAAGUACGGCGCGAAGAAGGACGGUUCGACACUCUCGUUCUUCAAGAACGCCACGCACGAACCGUACGAGAUUAUGUAUAAUUACAUGAUGAAUCACGCUGACGAGGUGCUUAUGGAGAAGAACGAGGACGGCGUGCGGAAGGUGCAGCAGGAGAAUUACGCGUACCUCAUGGAGUCCUCGUCGAUCGAGUACAUCAAGCAGAGAAAGUGUAACGUGACGCAGAUCGGCGGGCUCUUGGACGCCAAGGGUUACGGGAUCGCGAUGAAGAAAGACGCGCGUUAUCGUACGGACCUGAGCGGCGCUAUACUCAAGCUCAAGGAAAACGGCGUGAUGUACGAGUUGCAAACCAGAUGGUGGAAAGAAAAACGAGGCGGCGAUAAGUGCAGCGAGAAACCGCCAGUGAAAGUCGAGCCGUUGAAUUUCGAAGACGUCGGCGGAGUGUUUCUGAUUAUGAUAAGCGGAGUCACGCUGUCCUGGUUUUACGCGGCGUGGACGUUCCUCUGGAACGUUCGGAACAUCGCGGUCAAAGAUAACGUGUCCUACAGGGAGGAGAUCAUAGAGGAGUUGAAAUUCCUGGCGAGGUGCAGGAGCAAAAAGCUCGUGAGGAAGAGGAAGAGAUCAUCCGUCGAGACGAUCAAGAGAGACAGCGACGAUUCGAAUUCCGAAUAAAUCGCGAGUCUUUCCGCGUGUAAAUAAAAAUUCGUGUGCAAUAAGUAUAUGUGCGCGCGCGCGCGCGCGCGUGUGUGUGUGUGUGUGUGUGUGUGUGUGUGUUACACCGCGGAAUUACUGCACUCGAGUGGUCUCGCGGCGUUAUUUUAUGAAUAAUGAGACACGAUCGAGAGAGCGCGUCGCGCGCUUCGGCGAAAUAUAUCGGCGGGACACAAAAAUAUCGCGCGAGUUCUGCAAGGCGUGGUAACGAUUACCCGCAGCACCGAGACGCUCGAUGUUAAAAUAACGCGGACGGGGAGGUGGAAGGGGAUGAAGGGAGAAAGGGAAUGAGCACCUCGCGAUAAACGCUUUCCUUGAAACCGUAAUCGUACUGACGAUUGCGGCGCGCAUCGUCGCAUACGCAAGGAAAUCUCCACAUGCGAUCGGUCGCCCUUGAAACCUACAUAGCACUUUCAGGUUACGCACACUCUGCUGGCGCGAGUACGACGCACGAGAGAGAGAGAGAGAGAGAGCCGUCUUUACCACAGAGAUCCGAAAGAUGAUAAAAUUUUAUGUUACAUUUUACGUCGAGAGUGCGCGCGCGCGCGCACACACACUCGCGAAUAUUUACAGUGUGUGUAUCCGGCGAUGUCGUAAAGCGUUACGUGUACUUGGCAUUGUUUUAUACGAAGAGCGGCUCCGUGCCGAGAGGGAGAGGGAGCGGAAGGGGGAGAGAGAGAGAG